AUGGCGUCCGCGCCCCAACCGUAUUCGUAUGCCGUGCUCGUCGUGCUGAGCCUGCUAUCUGGCGUCUUCAGCGGCCUCAACCUCGGGCUCAUGUCCCUGCGCGGACGGGCUAAAAGAUCGGCCGUCGUCCAUCGCCUCCGCCAGGACGGCGUCGCUGCGAACGCGUCGCAGUUUGGCGACCGCGCCUUCUGGGAGUCACGCUACACCGCAGGCCGAGCGCCGCGGGAGUGGUUCCUCUCUGCUGGCGCCGCCGCCGACAGCGCGGCCGCUGCACUUUUAUCACACCGCCGGAGCGGCUUGUCGGCCGCAGAUUCGCCGCUGCGCUGCCUUCACCUCGGCUGCGGCACCUCCGACCUCGGUGCGGCGAUUUGCGACGCGCUGGAGUCCGAGCACCGCCUCGCUGCGACCGUGACCAAUGUGGACUACUCUCCCGCAGCCAUCGAUGUGGUGGCGCGGAGGGCGGACCCGCGCCAGAGCUACCACGUGUGGGACGCGCCGCUCCUCGGCUACCUUGCGGCGCUACGCCGCCUUCUCGCCGGCGAUGGCGGCGGUGGCGGCGGUGGCGGCGGUGGCGGCGGCGGUGGUAGCGGCGGCAGCGAGGGAGGCGGCCUCUCUCCUCCGCCGCUGCUGGUACACUUUAGCGACGAGCCUCCGGAGCUGCGCGGCGGCCUGCUGCGCGCCGCCUUUGGCGCGGAGGAGUGGGAGGUUUCUCAGAUGCUGGUGGACGGGGAGGAGGGCUGGGAGGGCUGGGACUACUUUCGGUACACGGUGGCGCGUGCGCGCGCGACGUAUAGCUAGGUGAGCGGGGGCAAGUACAACAUCGUACUCUGCAGUGGAUGAAGCUCUCUAAGAAGGCCAUACUGAUAGCCGCGAGAGAGAGCAGAGUACGCGGUUCUUUCACAAUCACAUAUGCCCGGGGCCUCAUUGCUCAUAUAUUCGGCACCUCGAGCUUCGUCAUGCAGAGAGUGGUUCUGCAGCUCGGAAUUCUCGGUGCCUCACGUUUUGGUUGUCGCCGUGUAAUUGGUAAUCUGGUAC